AUGCCUAGAUUGAUUAUUGUGACCGGGGUAUCUCGGGGGAUAGGGCGCUCAGUGGUGGAGAAGGUGUGCAGGCAGCCGGACACUGUGGUGCUGGGUGUGGCGCGGUCCGAGGCGGCGCUGCAGGAGCUGAGAGCAACGUACGGCGAGCAGUUCGAGUACGUGGUGGGGGACGUGGCGUCCGAGGACGCGCAGGACGCGCUGGUGGCGCGAGCGACGGCGUACGGGCGCAUAGACGCGGUGGUGGCGAACGCAGGGGUGCUGGAGCCCGUGCAGGACGUCAACCACAUCGACGUGGCGGCGUGGCGGCGGCUGUACGAGGUGAACUUCUUCAGCGUGGUGGGCCUGGUGGGCCGGGCGCUGCCGUUGCUCAAGAAGGCGGGCGGCAGUGUGGUGUUCGUGAGCUCGGGCGCGAGCACGAAGGCAUAUUCCGCGUGGGGCGCGUACGGCUCGUCGAAGGCCGCGCUGAACCACUUUGCGAUGACGCUGGCCGCGGAAGAGCCUGCGGUGCGCGCGGUCGCCGUGGCGCCGGGCGUGGUCGACACGCAGAUGCAGAACGACAUCCGCGACAAGUUCGGCCAUCGCAUGGCGCCGGAGGCACUGCGCCGCUUCACGGAGCUCAAGAAGAACAGCGAGCUGCUGGACCCGCAGAUCCCGGCCACCAUCUUCGCCAACCUGGCGCUGAGAGGCAUCCCGGACUGCGCGAACGGCAAAUACCUCCGCUACAACGACGACAUCCUCGCUGCCUACGCCAAGUAG